GACUGUCUAUGGGUCUGUCUAUGGGUCAGGCUGUGACCUCCCCUCUCCCCACAGGGCAGUACCCCACUCAGCCCUCCUACCCGGUACAAAGCGCCGCCAACCCCCCCGUGUACCCACAGACCGUGCCCCUCCCGCAGCCCCCCCCGUACAGCGACGCUCCUCCUGCGUAUUCCGAGCUCUACCGGCCCAGCUUCGUCCCUUUGGGGGCAGCCACCGUCCCCACCAUGUCGGCAGCGUAUCCGGGUGCUUCCGUCUUCCUGCCCGUGGCUCAGUCCGUGGCCGUGGGGCCCAUCGGUUCCUCCGUCCCUAUGGCGUAUUAUCCCGUGGGACCCGUCUACCCCCCGGGCUCCACCGUGUUGGUGGAGGGAGGUUUUGAUGCUGGAGCGAGGUUUGGGGCUGGAGGCACCGCCAGCAUCCCACCCCCCCCUCCCGGCUGCCCCCCCAACGCGGCUCAGCUGGCCGUCAUGCAGGGAGCCAACGUGCUGGUGACGCAGCGGAAGGGCAACUUCUUCCUGGGAGGCUCAGACGGCGGCUACACCAUCUGGUGAAGAAGGAAGUGGGGUGGGGGGCUGCGGGGGGGGGUCAGGGUUAGGGUUAGGGGGUGGGGGGGGCUACGUGUGUGUAAGGAACGGCGUCACGUACCGUCAGCACUGCUCACCCUGUAACUGCUUCAGGCCUGUGUUAACCUGAGCUCGCAGAGCCGAGGUGUCUUCCUGCUCCUCACCCCAUCCCAAGGGGGGGGGGGCUCAGCAACUCUGCCCCUUCUUUCAUCCCCGAGGGGGGGUUUUGGGGUGGGGGGCUGCACAUGGUGCACAUGGAAUGGGUGAGGAGCUGAGCACCGGGACCUGCAGCUCACAAAGCAGAGGUGCAAUGCAUCCUUCACCCACCUCCCCCUGCAGACCCCUCCCCUGUUGUCCCUCCCCCCCCCCCAUUAUGGGACCCCGGAACCCCUCCAAGUCCGCUUGGAUCUCUUUGCACAUUUAGGUCUAAUCAAAGCCAUGCUUUGGUGCCAGAAACACGAUGCGAUGUCGGGACAUUUCAUUCAAUGCUAACUCUGCUUUUAGGUGAUGCUUAAUAAGCAGGAUUC